AUGAAUAUGAUUUUACGAACUCUCCUCAUCGCCUGCUUUCCAGUUAUUGGCAAAGCCUUUUACCCUUGUCCCCGCUCUUGGUGUGAAACAUGUCUACCCGUCAAAAUCCACGACGCCCCUGGGAUUGGGUUUGAUCUGACCCCGUCGUACGGGGUGUCAGCUGCACAUUAUUAUAAUGGAACCGUUGUCGAAGUUGCCCAAAUCCAGGGCAAACCGGAAUACCUCGAACUCAUGAAACGCCUUGCGAACGGCGCUGAACACCCCCUGUAUCGACCAGCAAAGCUGAGGCCAAAAGGAUAUGUGCAAAACCCGGGCUUUCUAAGCUAUCCGUUCACAUCUCUUUUCGAGUGGCUCUACAUGAAGAGAAACCCAAGUCGACACGAGGAAGUCGAUGAAGCUCACGAACUCCAAAUUCUGAUUGAGAUGCUCGGAGAUCUAAAACAUGACACUGAGAGAAAACUGCAUCACUCCCUUGAUAGGGUGGCUGUUACAUCUCCUGACUUACACGCUCUGAGUCCAGGACUAGUGAACUUUGCUCUCCAACAAACGGACUUACGGACCUGGGUGGGCGAUAGCAAGUUCUAUCCCGACCACCUGGUAGAGGCAGAUGCUGUCUAUGCCAAUAAUGGCUUUGGACUAUGUGAAAAUUACCAUGAUCUAUGGGAAUGUGAGGAUGAGUUUGAUUAUACUGAUACAUCCGCUGUUCUUUUCGUUUCUUUCAGCCGACAGUCGCUCUAUGCCAGUAUUAUUGAGCCAAUACACGGCCAAGCUCUGGCACGUUUUACACGGGACGAGAACAACGUAUUGGACUUCGAAGUUGGGUUAGAUCGACUUCUACAAGCAGAGCCGUCGGAGUUAUUAUGGGCAAGACUGCGUUCCCAACUGACUGGUCUUUCUCGACCUUGGCGGUCUACGAUAACACACCUUAUCUUGGCUGGUGAGAAUGCAACCUACCCCCGCUUCGUCGCCGAAUUGAAAGAUGCUUUUGUGGGGCUACCACAGCUUGCUACUGGUAUCAUGCCUGUCAAAGAUGAUGCAAAAGGGGAUUUAACUUUCGCAGCCGCUCGAGGUGCAGCAUUGUACGCACGGCGGCGGCAAGAGGUGCAAAGCGACUGCUCCGAACCCCCGACAUGCGAAUUAUCACGGCGAACAGAGCGGUUACAGGGCUCAUUGAAAGAUGAGCUACGUUAG